UGGGAUUAGAGACAGGGCGAAUGGCUUUCAAUCUUACUGGGAUUAUAGAACAAAGGGACUCCUGCAACACACACAUAUACACAUACACACACAAAAAGGAUAUUAUUUCGGGAGGGGGAGGGUACACAUCGCCCCUCUCUGCUCCACAGCCCUCUGCAGACAGGAGCAAAGGGGGUUGAUAGAAGACAGGUACAUACAUAUCUGUUAGCACUGCGGAUCGGGGAAGAUCGGUGCUGAUCUGUGAAGAAUUACAACCCCCCUUUACCCUGUGCAGCACCAAACCCCCCUCCAGUCCCUACCUCCCCUCCUCUCCCUUUAUUUUCCACAACAAUUAAAGGAAGCAGCUUCAGUUCUGGGCUAGAGGAGGCUGAUCUCACACAGAAGUAUUGGGACCUCUUUUGAAGAAUAUGGCACUAGCCGGAAACCAGUAUGAAGGACCCAUAAAUAACUCAAGACACGACAUGUGGAUUUCCACUGUUCAUAAUGGAAAAGAUGAAAUUAUCACAAGCCUUGUAUCUGCCUUAGAUUCUAUGUGCACUGCGCUCUCCAAACUUAAUGCUGAAGUGGCCUGUAUAGCUGUACAUGAAGAGAACUCGUUUGUAGUUGGGACUGAAAAGGGGAAAUUUUAUUUAAACUCCAGAAAAGAGCUUCAGACAGAUUUCCAACAGUUCUGUGUGGGUGCCCAUAGAGAAGAGCAGGGAGCUGAGGACCAAAGGAGAAGCAGGGAUUCCACCCGGAAUGUCCAGCAAGUGUCACCAAACCCGACUUCUGAUAUUUACCUUCUCCGGAAGAUGGUUGAGGAGAUCUUUGAUGUACUAUAUAGUGAGGCUUUGGGUAUGUCAAAUCUUGUGCCUGUGCCAUAUGAAAAGAUUACAAAGAAUAAUGGUUCAUUGGUGGUGCUUGGUUUACCUGAUGGGAUCCACUUCCAGAAGCCUUCUGAAUAUAACCUUAAGAGUCUAAUGCUUAUUUUAGAGCAUAGUCACAACAUCAGAUUUAAGCUAAAAAGAGCAAUUGAAGAAUCCAGCGUAGACUCAAAACCUUGUGCAGAUUACAGUUGCUCCGCUGUCAUCACAAAGCCUGUUCCAGAAACAGGUCCAAGUCCCAAAGUCUCCAAACCAUCAAACCAGGAGAAUCCAUCCAGUGUACCAAACUUCAUGUACAAUGUCUCGCUACCUAGUCAGCAUUGUGUGGAGCUGAAGCAGGAGGUUCACUCAAAUCUGCCUAUACAGAACACGACCUGUGAUGUAGCACCCCACAAGUCACCAGGAGAGCAGAAGCAGGACUUCUCAGAAUGCUCCGGACAGCAAUCUUCUACAGCAAGUAAUAGUCUCAGACAAAAUGUCCAAGCCUCGAAACGUGUGCUAUUUUCAAUAGUACAUGACAAAACAGAGAAAUGGGACAGUUUCAUUAAGGAAACAGAGGAUAUCAAUACCCUCAGGGAGUGUGUACAAAUCCUGUUUAACAGCAGAUAUGCUGAAGCUUUAGGCCUUGACCACAUGGUACCAGUGCCAUAUCGAAAGAUUGCUUGUCACCCAGAAGCGGUGGAGAUAAUAGGCAUACCUGAUAAAAUCCCUUUCAAAAGGCCGUGCACUUAUGGCGUACCCAAACUCAAGAGAAUUCUGGAAGAACGGCACAAUAUCCAUUUUAAAAUUAAAAGUAUGUUUGAUCAAAGAAUCUUUGAAGGUGCUAAAUUUACCAAAGAAACAUCAAACUCAGAUUGGACCUGUCUUGGAGAGGACGUGUGUGGAGACACCCAGAAAGCAGCAGCUGUAGACAUGCUGGUAUCCUGCCUUGGGAGCAGGUCUGAAAAAAGCAGCAUGUCCGAUGAGUGUACCCCAGGGACUUCAAGCAAGCAGAAUGGAAUAAAACAUAUAAAACUUGAGCCUGAAGAUCAUCAAAUAGUACAAGUUACUGUUCCAGAGCACACCUAUAAUUCAGAAGAGCUACCUGACUAUUUGAAGAGUCCAGUGAAUUCUGAGAAUUCCACUUAUGUGCUAGACACUGGAACAGUUUCUGACAGUGGACCCACUGAUGACUCCAGAAGUGAAGAUAAGAACAUAGAUGAAGGCAUUGGAGAUGUUAUAAGACAACUAAGAAAACAAGUUGAAAAUUUGUUCAACAAAAAAUAUGCAAAAGCAGUUGGAGCUUUACACCCUGUCAAAGUGCCAUAUUCUAAGUUCUUGAUGUACCCAGAAGAUCUGUUUGUUGUGGGCCUUCCUGAAGGGGUUUGCUUCCGACGUCCAAACUGCUUUGGAAUUGCAAAGCUCCGAAGGAUACUGGAAAAUAGCACUGCCAUUCAGUUUGUUGUGAAAAGGCCAGAACUGAUUUCUGAAGGACUAAAGGACUGCAUUGAAGAAAGCACUGUACCUCUAGGAGUCAGUGAUAAGGAUUGUCACGAUUCCAUAUUGGAUGACAGCAGCAAAAGAACUAGUUUUCAAGAGAAUUAUGAUACCAGACUCUCAAGAAUCGAUAUUGCCAAUACUCUCCGAGAACAAGUGCAAGACUUGUUCAACAAGAAAUAUGGUGAAGCACUUGGGAUUAAGUACCCAGUACAGGUGCCUUACAAGCGCAUCAAGAGUAAUCCUGGCUCUGUAAUAAUAGAAGGGUUGCCUCCGGGUAUUCCAUUCCGAAAGCCUUGUACAUUUGGAUCUCAGAAUCUAGAAAGGAUAUUAGCAGUGCAAGACAAAAUCAGAUUCACAGUUAGCAGGCCAUUUCAGGGGCUCAUACCAAGACCUGAUGAUGAAGAUGCCAACAGAUUAGGGGAAAAAGUAAUUCUACGUGAGCAAGUUAAAGAGCUCUUCAAUGAAAAAUAUGGUGAAGCUCUCGGGUUGGGUCGCCCAGUGCUCGUACCGUACAAGUUAAUAAGGGAUAAUCCCGACUCUAUAGAAAUAACUGGCCUGCCAAAUGACAUACCCUUCAGGAACCCAAAUACUUAUGACAUCAGUCGGCUGGAAAAAAUCUUGAAAGCUCGGGAGAACAUUCAUAUGGUUAUAAUAAACCAGCUGCAGCCUCUCUCAGAGAUCUGUAUUGAGCCAACACCACAAAUAGAAAAAGACAGUCUUGCUCCCAAGCGGAAAAAGAAGAGAAUUUCUGAGGGAAACUCUGUAUCCUCAACAUCAUCCAGCUCUUCAUCAUCCUCAUCUUCUUCCUCUUCAAAUGUAGAUCCUAUCUCCUCAGCACAUCCAAUGUCACUAGUGCAAUGGCCCAUGUAUAUGUUGGACUACGGGGGUGUGAAUAUGCAGAAUAUGCAGAUUCCUGGUCAAAUGAACUACUAAGUGGAAGUUAGGCGGACAUAUGUAAUUAUUGUAUAAAGAAAUGUAUAUGACAAUAUGUAACAAUGCCUUUUAGUUUUUAUUUUCAAUAAUUUUUACAGUAUGUUUCUGUCAUUCAAGACGGCCUUUUUAGAAUAAAAUGUGUUGCCUUGUUCUGAU